GUUUGUCAAAGCGCCCGGAUCGAAAGUUAUGAGGGGUUAUGGUUUUCAGGCUUGACCCAUGUGGUAUAGCAUGUGUUUUGAUAACUCACUUGCUUGUAUUAUACUCGGAUUAUGUCGUGGUAUUUUACUUAGUUCUUCCGGUUCUCAAAAACAGCUUUUGGGCUAUUCUGAAUACGAUAUGCUUUAAUAUAGUGGCCUCUUUACUAUUAUUUUCUCAUAUAUGUGCUGCCGUAACGGAUCCAGGACUGAUACCUUUGCAUCGGUAUACUGUUAGUCAGUUAGCUAGUGUCCAGAAACCUGAUGGAUGGACUACUUGUAAUAAAUGUGGAAUACAUAGGCCACCGAGAGCUCAUCAUUGCCGGAUUUGUCGACGGUGUGUCAGACGAAUGGAUCACCAUUGUCCCUGGAUUAAUAAUUGUGUUGGUGAAUGUAAUCAAAAAUAUUUUAUUCAAUUUUUAAUUUAUGUCGGCAUUCUUUGUGUAUAUGCUCUGAUACUGGUACUUAUAUGUCGUGCUAUGAUCUCGGCCGGUUUAAAAGAAGACGCGUCUAAUGCCGAUGUUGUAGUUGUUGCUCAUACAAUUGUACUUGUAGCAAUCUCUUGUCUAUUUGGAUUAUUUAUUCUAGCUAUUCUAUCUGAUCAGUACAAGUCGAUCGUUGAAGAUACAACAGCAGUUGAAGCUUGGUUAUCGGGUAAUAUUCCACAUUCUUCAUCCGAUACAGAAGCUUAUCCAAAUGGUGGUGGCAACGGUGGUGUUGGUAGUGGAGGAUUUCGUCGUAAAUUAUCCAAAUUGACUCUGUUUCGUGAGGUUUUUGGAAGUGGUCCAUUUUACUCUUGGCUACUUCCAUGUUCAUAUCUUUUCAAGCCUUAUCCAAAAUAUUAUACUGCUUUAUCUAAUAUUAUUAAUGAUGUAAAUUACUCUGUCAUCAGUUGUAAUAAUAAUAAUAAUAACAAUAAUCUUCCAAUCAAUGAUCAUCAUCAUCAUCACCAUGGGGUUGAUAAUAAAUCAACACCAAUCACUACAGCUUCUUCAUUUUCUCCUGAAACCGAUCGUGUUUCUUCUUCUUCCAGUUCUUCAAACAAUCAUUAUUAGUGAUAUUAUUAUACAAUUAAAUGAUGGAAUUCAGUUUUUUGUUUUUUUUAUUUCUGUCUCUGUGUGUUUGGUUGUUAAACCCCACUGUCUCCAUAUAUCUGUAAAUGAUGUUUGUAUUAUUCCUCCUCCUCCUCCUUCUUCUUCUUCUUCUUCCUCUUCUUUUUUCUUUCUUUCUUUCGUUGUUUAAACGUUAUCUUUCUCUUCUUCUUGAAUUGAUUCAUUAUGUAAGUUGGUUUUGUAUUGAAUGUUUGUUAAACAUUAUACAUUCUGCUGAAUUUACACAUUAUUUUUCUAAUAAUAGUAAUAAUAAUAAUAAUACUAUUACACAUAUGUAUGCAUAUUACUAAUGUUUGUAUUCUUUUCCAUUUAUAUCAAUCAUGAUUGUGAAAAUUUCAAUUGCCCAGAUUGAACAGAUUGUUUGUACUGUUAACUUACCCUCUGUUUGUUCUCCUUGUGUGUGUGUGUGUGUAUGUAUGUCUGUGGGUGUAGAGAGAUAGGGAUUAUCACAGAUCUAUAAUGAACUAGGAUCAAUUAGCUUAUUUGAAAUAUUAUAUGGUUUAAUGAUUCUAUCCUUAUUUAUUUACAGUAAUUGAAUGUUUAGAACUCAAGCGCAUAUGCAGUAUAUGGAGUAGUUGACCUUUUUGGACAUAAUAAUCAAUGAUUGUUUAUCCCAUUCAUAUCUUUAUUCAUUUAAUCAUUAUUAUCUAAUGAUGUAAUAUUAUUCAUAAUAAAUAUAUAUUUGAUGAUUCUAUUUACUUCAUAUUUGAUUAAUUUUGAUAAUCAUUUUGACUUCUUUUUUCUUUAUUUAUCUUUGAUUGUUCUUUUCUUUUUUGUUGUUGUUGUUGUUGUUGUUGUUCUUUUUCUCUUUUUUUUUCUUCUUUUAUUAAUGUGUAUUGAUUUCUUUGACAAUAUAGAUGUACUUUGUCAUUCUCUUACAUUUUACACACUUCAUAUUCUAUUCUUUGUAUACAAAUAUUGUAUUAUUUAUUAUCUAAAUAAUCUUGCGGUGAUCAAUUAUCAUAAUAUGUGAACAGACUAUUUAUUUUAAUGAUCAUGAUGAUGGUGUUGUUGUUGUGUAACAACAGAGCAGUAGUUUGUAUUAUGAGAAGAAUUUUUGAAAAAAAAUUUAUUAUUUACAAUUGAAUAGUAAUUGAUUUAUUGCAUCA